UUUACACUAAGAAAGUAUAAGUACUUCCUCAAAUACCCUCAAAUGCUUUCACUUCAGAUCACAUUAAGAGCUCUUGUUACUACCACUCCUCAUAUCUCCAUCCAAUUCAAAUUCGUUACAACUCCGCAAUAUCCUCUCGCACCAUCUCAACAUGUUGAACAACAAAGACUCCAAGGCCAACAACCCCCCAAUUGGCUCCAUAGAUCCAUACAUCCUCGCCGAAGCGCUCAUCGGCCGCAAGAUUGACAGAAAUCCAUUCACCCCGGCGUCGACCAUCAACGCCGAUAUUCAGUCCGGCUAUGAUGACCUCGUCGAUGUGAAGCAUGAUGCCGUGCUUUCCGUCAAAGGUCCAGAACCGGACGAGCCGCCCAAGAGCGUUCACGUCGGCUGUAUCAACCCAUAUGCCUUGGUUGAGGCGCUUCUUGGUCGGAAGAUCGACAAAUGCUCCAUGAACUCGGUGCGGAUCAUCUCCGAUGUUCUACAGACUGAUUACGAUGAGCUCUUCGACCUUAAGCACAAUCCUUGCCUUUACGCCGGACUGAGGCUCAACGAAGAUGACCGAAACGCGGAAGAGCUGGAUGAGAAGGACAUGAAGAUCCUGAAUGAGGAGGAUCUCGAGACUCCCGACCUCUCCCAGGUCCGGACGACCGAGGACCUUGAAAAGCUCGGGAUGAAGGACAUUCUGCAAACCCAGGUCAAGAUGGCCCGUAUGCAGAAUGGCAAGCUCCGCCUGGUUUUGCACGCUCAUGACAUGGGCAAGACGGUGUCCAACAGCGAGGUCACCAUGACGCUCAACGAGUUGGCUCUUCCGUUUAGAAUGGAAAAGGGCCAGUGGACCCCACCCAACGGCUCUUGGCAGGACAUGUACCAGGGCUGGUAUGAUGCCAGGCGCAUGAUCAAUCGGUUUGAUAAGUUCCAUAUCGGAGAGCCAUUUGGCAUCGGGGAGAGGCUCCAUAUGGGACGCGGCUUGCACAACAACUGCUCCAGGAACAAAUUUGACGACCCUGUCCAGGGAGCGGUUGGCAACAGUUGGCUCAUCGCAGCAAUCUUCUCCGUGUUCUGGGCCAACCCUUCGAUCAUCAAUCGCCGCACACAGCAUUCUUCAGCCCAUCCAGAGCAGAGCCACGACGAAAAGAGGGACCAGGAUGAAAGGAAGCGCCGCGUCUUCGCCGUCAAGUUCCACGACAAAGGGGGAGACAAUAAUGCCCCAACCGCCACCGUGGAGGUCAACUACGAGAUUCCCGUCAACAAUUCGGACCACGAACCCAUCUAUGCCCGCGCGAGCGAUGGGUGCGAGAUCUGGCCCAUGCUAUACGAGAAGGCUUUCGCCAAGUGGGUGACGGGCACGUCGUCGGACCGUCCCGACAUCACCCAAACCCACAACGGCGACCCGAUCAAAGCCAUGGCGCAGAUCAACGGCAGGGAGCCACAGUACUUCCUCACCGAGGACCGCCCCGCGCAUGAGCUCAUCGGGUUGGUCCGAUCCUGCUCCGUCAACUUCAAAACCAUCAACCCGAUGUGCGCCUACACCCAUGCCUCCGGAAACAUCUUCCGUGGAAGCAACCUCGUAGCUAACCACGCCUAUUCCGUCUUGGGCUGGUCCGCUGUCGGGCAGAAGCAGUACCUCAUAUUGCGAAACCCGUGGGGCGUCACUGAGCCCGUCAGCUUGACCAGCUCCCCAGGCCUCCUGACCCAAGUCGAGCCACAGCUCUGGCGUCCGGCUUCCCUCCUCGAUCACGGGGGCGUGUUGGCUCUAGAGGCGUCGGCCUUCAAAGAGUACUUUUGCUGUAUCGGUACGGCGAAGUAAAAGCGAAGUGGGAUUUU